AUGCAUGUUCUGGGUGAAGUUUGCAACCGUGCCUGCUCUUACCCUGCUCUACCUGCUCUUACCCUGCUCUACCUGCUCUACCCUGCUCUACCCUGCUCUACCUGCUCUUACCCUGCUCUACCUGCUCUUACCCUGCUCUUACCCUGCUCUACCUGCUCUUACCCUGCUCUACCUGCUCUACCCUGCUCUACCUGCUCUACCUGCUCUUACCCUGCUCUACCUGCUCUUACCCUGCUCUACCCUGCUCUACCUGCUCUACCCUGCUCUACCUGCUCUUACCCUGCUCUUACCCUGCUCUACCUGCUCUUACCCUGCUCUUACCCUGCUCUACCUGCUCUACCUGCUCUUACCCUGCUCUAUUACCUGCCUGCUCUUACCCUGCUCUUACCCUGCUCUACCUGCUCUUACCCUGCUCUACCUGCUCUACCCUGCUCUACCUGCUCUACCUGCUCUUACCCUGCUCUACCUGCUCUUACCCUGCUCUACCUGCUCUACCUGCUCUACCCUGCUCUACCCUGCUCUACCUGCUCUUACCCUGCUCUACCUGCUCUUACCCUGCUCUACCCUGCUCUACCUGCUCUACCUGCUCUUACCCUGCUCUACCCUGCUCUACCUGCUCUACCCUGCUCUACCUGCUCUUACCCUGCUCUUACCCUGCUCUACCUGCUCUUACCCUGCUCUUACCCUGCUCUACCUGCUCUACCUGCUCUUACCCUGCUCUACCUGCUCUUACCCUGCUCUACCUGCUCUUACCCUGCUCUACCUGCUCUACCUGCUCUUACCCUGCUCUACCCUGCUCUUACCCUGCUCUACCUGCUCUUACCCUGCUCUACCCUGCUCUUACCCUGCUCUACCUGCUCUUACCCUCCUCUACCCAGCUCUACCCUGCUCUUACCCUGCUCUACCUGCUCUAACCUGCUCUUACCCUGCUCUACCUGCUCUACCUGCUCUUACCCUGCUCUACCUGCUCUUACCCUGCUCUACCUGCUCUACCUGCUCUUACCCUGCUCUACCUGCUCUUACCCUGCUCUACCCUGCUCUUACCCUGCUCUACCUGCUCUUACCCUGCUCUACCCUGCUCUUACCCUGCUCUACCUGCUCUACCCUGCUCUUACCCUGCUCUACCCUGCUCUUACCCUGCUCUACCUGCUCUACCCUGCUCUUACCCCUGCUCUACCCUGCUCUACCUGCUCUUACCCUGCUCUACCCUGCUCUACCUGCUCUACCCUGCUCUACCUGCUCUUACCCUGCUCUUACCCUGCUCUACCUGCUCUUACCCUGCUCUUACCCUGCUCUACCUGCUCUACCUGCUCUUACCCUGCUCUACCUGCUCUUACCCUGCUCUACCUGCUCUACCUGCUCUUACCCUGCUCUACCUGCUCUUACCCUGCUCUACCUGCUCUUACCCUGCUCUACCUGCUCUACCCUGCUCUUACCCUGCUCUACCUGCUCUACCCUGCUCUUACCCUGCUCUACCCUGCUCUUAACCUGCUCUACCUGCUCUUACCCUGCUCUACCCUGCUCUACCUGCUCUUACCCUGCUCUACCCUGCUCUACCUGCUCUACCCUGCUCUACCUGCUCUUACCCUGCUCUUACCCUGCUCUACCUGCUCUUACCCUGCUCUUACCCUGCUCUACCUGCUCUACCUGCUCUUACCCUGCUCUACCUGCUCUUACCCUGCUCUACCUGCUCUUACCCUGCUCUACCUGCUCUACCUGCUCUUACCCUGCUCUACCCUGCUCUUACCCUGCUCUACCUGCUCUUACCCUGCUCUACCUGCUCUUACCCUGCUCUACCUGCUCUACCUGCUCUUACCCUGCUCUUACCCUGCUCUACCCUGCUCUACCCUGCUCUACCUGCUCUACCUGCUCUACCCUGCUCUACCCUGCUCUACCUGCUCUACCUGCUCUUACCCUUCUCUACCCUGCUCUACCCUGCUCUACCCUGCUCUACCUGCUCUUACCCUGCUCUUACCCUGCUCUACCUGCUCUUACCCUGCUCUACCCUGCUCUUACCCUGCUCUACCUGCUCUACCCUGCUCUUACCCUGCUCUACCUGCUCUUACCCUCCUCUACCCAGCUCUACCCUGCUCUUACCCUGCUCUACCUGCUCUACCCUGCUCUUACCCUGCUCUACCUGCUCUAGCCCUGCUCUAG